AUGAAUGAUUACCAACAAAGUCUAGAAAGCUGUUCUAUCAGUGAGAAAGAUACAAAGGAUAUAAAGUUUCAGCAGUCAUGGCAAUAUCCCGAAUCAUUUCCAGACGAAGAUUUCUUGGUUGACUUUGAGACAGAUGAUCCUGAACGACCUAUGAAUUGGCCUACUUGGAAAAAGUUAUUACACACGGCGCUAUACGGAAUGGCAACGUUUGCUGCUCAAUUCAAUAGUACAACAAUGUCACCUACUGCUGAACAUUUGAUAAAUGUAUACCCUAUCGGUGAAGAGGUUGCGACACUAGCUACCUCUCUCUAUGUCUUGGGAAUUGCCUUUGGCCCAAUGAUCUUUGCACCCUUUUCAGAAAUGAACGGAAGGAAAAUUGGAGUCUUCUUUCCUUUUUUUAUAUCCAUAAUACUAACAGCAGGGACUGCUAGCUCAGAUAAUGUAGCAGCUAUUAUGUGCACCCGUUUUUUUUCUGGUCUGUUUGCUGGUGCGCCUAUUGUUUCUACAGGUGGUGUCUUGGCAGAUCUCUGGAACCCAGCAGAAAGAGCUACCGCAUUGGUUUUUUAUUCGUUCCUUGUCUUGAGUGGUGCUGAUUUUGGUCCUAUCAUUAGUAGCUUACUUACGAAUGGUUCAGAUACAGCAUGGAGAUGGCCGCUAUGGUUUAUGGUGAUUGUAGAAUCUUGGAUUUUGCUUAUUAAUCUUGCAGUCGUUGAUGAAACGUAUGUUCCUGUUAUAUUAGCUAGGAAAGCUCGAAAUUUGCGACUUACUACAAAUAACUGGGGCUUGCAUGCUGCCCAUGAACAAUACAAGUUGGAUGCAAAAGAGUUUGUAACCUUCCAUUUAUUACGACCUUUAGCUAUGUUGGCAACACCAAUUGUCUUUUUUAUCGCCUUGUUCGCCAGUUAUGUAUAUGGUCUCCUUUAUGUUAUUCUGACCACUAUUCCCUAUACUUUCAACUUGUCAAGGAACUGGAAAGGAACAGUUGGUACGCUCCCGAUGAUUGCGAUGUUUAUUGGUGUCAUUAUUGGCGGAAUUUUGAACAUGCUAUGGAACAAAAGAUACGCAAAACUGCUUUCAAGAAGCAGAGGAGGUUCCCUACCAGAGCAAAGAUUACCGCUGAUGAUGAUGUUUGGCUGGUUUAUGCCAGCUGGUAUCUUUGUUUUUGCUUGGACUUCUGAUCCCAAUAUCCAUUGGAUAGCACCGUUCAUUGGGAUUACUAUGAUAGGUAUUGGGUAUUUUAUAAUUUUUCAAGGAUGCUUAAAUUACCUUGUAGAUACGUUUUCAAAGUUUGCAGCAUCGGCUAUUGCUGCGAAUACAUUUUCAAGGUCAAUAUUUGCAGGGACUUUUCCCUUGUUUUCUCGUAUCAUGUUUAAAAAUUUAGGUGUUCACUGGGGUGGAAGUUUAGUAGGAUUUAUUGCUCUCGGAAUGAUUCCAAUUCCUUUUGUUUUUUAUUAUUUUGGUGAAAAGUUACGUGGCAAAACCCCAUAUAUCAAGCUUGUGUCUUAA